UUGCUCUCCCACAAGUCCUCACCCGGGGCCCACUACGGCUGGUGGCUGGUAGGAAUCGGCGUUGUGAUUUUGACGCUCGCCGGCACGCAACUGGUCGGAUCGUUCGUGUCGUUGCUCUACUCAGGGGAUCACGUAGGCACGAGAGCGUGGCUGGUAAGGGAGAUCGCAUUCUCGGAGCGGGUAAGCCUUGCCCUACUGCCGCUGGCCGGCCUGGCAGUGGACCGGUUCGGCCCGCGCUCGAUGCUGCUGGCUGGGCUGUCAUUGUGCGCCGCGGCGGCGAUUGCAGCUUCAAUGAUUCCGGUGGAAGGAGUUGCGCUGGCGCUGCUUCCGGUGUUGAUUGCCGGCAGGGUGAUGGGAACCAGCACGCCAGUGAUGGCAGCCAUCAACCAUUGGUUCCACGACAGGAGAGCCCUGGCAAUUGCUGUGGUCCUUUUCGCGGUGUCGGCGCUGAAUCUGCUGCCAUUGCCGGUGUUUUGGGGUGAGCGGGCGAACACCCUGGCCUUGGGCACGGUCAUACUCGCGGUUGGCUUGCCACUGGCCGCGCAGGUCCAUCUGCCAAACGAUAUGGCCGGAACGCACGGCAACGCGGACGAAUCAGCCGUCGGCGGGGACAAGCUAUGGGAUGAUGGUCACCCAACGGUCGAAUAUGGAUGGGUGGAGGCGGUCAGGUCGCGCGAGUUCUGGCUGUUAACGGUAGCCGCAGCCUGCCUGGCGGCGGCCGAUCAACUUACCCUAACGCUGAUAUUCUCGGUAGCGGAUUAUAGGUUUCAGCUGGAAGGCUCGUAUCUGACCUUGGAAAACCAGCACCGGAUCGCGUCCGUUUUGUUCAUUCUCGUUGGCGGCUUGGUGGGUACCAGAGUGCGGCUCCGCACUGCCUUGUUGGCGUUCUCCUUACUCCACGUGAUCGCGGUGGUCCUGAUCACGUUCGCCCCGAGCGCGUGGUGGCUGUUUGCAGGGAUGCUCGUCCUGGGCGCCGGCAGCGGCGGUGGCGUGGCCCUCGGCAUCGCGGCGGUCGGCGAGUAUUUCGGAAGACGACGCUUCGCCACGCUGCGGGCCACCCACUGGCUGAUCGUUCGGAUGAUGGCAGCUCCCUCGGCGUUCGGCCUUCUCCUGUUCUCCGAUCUCCUACCGAAUGCUCGGCGACCCGAAACCGGCUCCAUCGCAGACUCCGCAAAUUGA